AUGGCGUUCUCAUUGAGCAAGAGACUAGCAUGUUCCCAGCUUUCAAAGCUUGCCGCUCCCUCACACCGAGCAUCUCUCACUUGGCGACGGUAUGCCAGUGCCGCUGCUGUGCCCACCUCUUCCAGCAUCCCCAUUCAGGAUGAGACGCAGAUUCGGCAUGAAGCCUCUGUGCCCAACCCAGAUCCUUCCUCCGACUCGCCCACGGCGACCUUUCUGAACCAAUCUACUCCUUACAUGGUCCCUACCUACGUUCGACCCCCGCCGAUGAUGGUGCAAGGAGAAGGGUGCAUGCUGUACGACAAUGAAAACAGACAAUAUCUGGAUUUCACCGCAGGCAUAGCGGUAAAUUCUUUGGGCCACAGUGAUCCUGAAAUUACACGACUCAUUGCCCAUCAGGCACAGCGAUUGAUCCAUGCAUCCAACCUCUACCACAAUCCCUGGACCCCGACGCUGUCCAAAUCCCUGAUUGAAGAGACACAGAAGCAGUCGCCCGGCUCGCCUCUGACGCAAGUCUUCAUCUCGAACUCUGGCUCCGAGGCUAACGAGGCUGCGUUGAAAUUUGCAAGAAAGGUCUCAUAUGCCAAAGAUCCAGAGUCAAAGCAGAGAGACAUUGUGUCGUUCCAUGACUCUUUCCAUGGCCGCACCUAUGGAUCGCUCUCAGCUACUCCCAACAAGAAGUACCAACCCCCAUUUGGCCCCAUGCUGUCUGGGUUCCGUUAUGGAAAGUUCAACGACGUUGCGGGUGUCCAACAGCUGGUCAACGAGAACACCGCAGGAGUGAUCGUUGAACCAAUCCAAGGUGAAGGCGGCGUGAAUGUCGCGACCCCCGAGUUUCUCCAAGCCCUCCGCAAACGCUGCGAUGAGGUUGGCGCCAUUUUGAUCUUUGACGAGAUUCAAUGUGGCUUAUCCAGGACCGGUGAUCUGUGGGCCUAUACUGCCUCUGGUGUGCAUCCAGAUAUUUUGACAUCUGCCAAGGCCUUGGGUAAUGGCAUCCCUAUUGGAGCAACCCUUGUAUCAGGCAAGAGCGUUGCACCGUACAUCAAGACGGGCGAUCACGGUACAACCUUCGGCGGUAAUCCUUUUGCCUGUCGAAUCGCGCACCACGUCUUUGGCCGUCUGGCCAAGCCCCAGUUACAGGAAGAAGUUCGAAUUAAGUCCACGCUUUUCUUCAGCGCCUUCGAGACCAUGAAGGAAAAGUUUCCGGGCAUCCUCUCGGAAGUCAGGGGUAGAGGUCUUAUUGUCGGCUAUCAGCUGAGCGACUCUGCCAAGGGCAAGGCGACAGAACUUAUUACUGCUGCACGAGAGCGAGGUCUUCUGGUUAUUACUGCCGGAGACGGGGUCAUCAGAAUUGUUCCCCCUCUUGUUAUCUCGCAUGAGGAGAUCAACCGAGGGCUUGCAAUACUGGAAGAUGCCAUGAACGCUGUCUUUAACAAGCCGAGUGAAGUGUCAGGUCCAGCAGGUCAGCAGGAAAUGGCUGGUCGCUGA